UGAUAAGGCGGUCUGGGGGUGGAGUGCCUUCUGUAAUUCGUAGUUACAGGGCGGUUUUGUGGAUCAGCAAGUGCCAACAACACAAAGGCCUUGUAUUCUUGAAAUCACUUCUCUUCUGACGACGUGAAGAAAUUCUGUAAACGGACUACAUACAAAUAUAAAUGACGCGGUUCUGGAGGUAGCGGGAAAGGCGGAUAUCUACGGAGUACACCGAAACCUCACAUCGCCUUUGCCCCAGACCGUUCCAUGAAGCUUACUCCGAUCAAGGUCAAAGGCAAAGCAGGCCCCAGAAAGACAUGGAAGCCGCCGACAGAUCGGACCCGGAAGGCCAAACGACGGCGGGAUGAGGAGGACGAGAAGGAGGGCGGGGAGGAUGGCAGCGAUCGGCCACCCCGACGCCGCUUCAAGGCGAGGAAGCCUGCCGAGCCGAUUGAGGAACUCCCGACCGAGAUCCUCGAGCGUAUCAUCUUCAUGUCCCGGAACCUCAACUUCCUGCGCAGCAGUCUCCGGAUCGGCUAUCGCUUCUCCUCCCGGUCCUUCCUGACGGAGCUGCUGGAAGCGGCGUUCGCGCCCACCUUGGAUCUGUGGUUCGGCUACAAGAAGGACCAAGUCGCCCCCCCGGACCGCCGCAGGAAAGGUGAAGCCUGGGGCAACUAUCGCUGGUUGCUGCCCGAAUGGGUUCCCGGCGAACCAGACUUCCAGAGCGCCGUCCUUGCUUGCAAAUGGGUCAACACGACCCUCAUUCUGGAAGCUCAGGAGAAAUGGUUUCGGAGAAACGGCCUUGGGAGGCUCCUCGAGUACCUGAAACCCUCGAAAAUUCCGGUGGCUCGGCCUGGUCUCGAUGGCCACCCAGACGUGGCAGCACGUUUCGAGGCGGACUGGGAGACCUUGAGAGCCUCCUGUGCCGCCUGGUUCCCGGCCGAGAAUCCCCCCGACGAAGAAGCUCGUCUGCCGAUCUGGCAGCCGCCAUGCUAUGUGGAGGUUCACCCUCUGACCAGAGCUCCGGAAAGGCUGCUCACCGGUCCCUUCGACUGGGAGACGGCCCGAACACUCUUCUGGCUCGUUCGCGGCGGCGCCCACCAGCUGCGCCAAUCUCCGUUGUCGUGGGAGGCUACCAAGAGAGGCUAUGACAACAUCAUGGCUCUUGGGGACAAACAGCUCGCUUUCCUGUUGCUGACGCUCUGGGUUGAGCUGCGCGCUUUCGAGCACUGGCCAGAGUUUCUGAGGCAUCAGGGGCUGGAAGCCGCCGCCCAUCAACUGGAACACUGCGACUCUCCGACCGACUGGAAGCUGUGGAAGUGGGCGUAUUACUUCAUCGAUAGGUAUUGCUGGGUUAGGGCAGAAGAUAAAAAAUGGCCCUGAUCAACCUGUGUCGCGCCGACUUUGCGUUGGCCUGCCUAAUUCUACGUAGUACACGUUGGCGGGAUGGCAUGCAGCCCCCGAGUGGCAAAAGCUGUACAAACCCGUACCGUAAGUCACGGGAGGAUCGCGUU